AUGUGCAAAUCCAAGAGCGCCAUCGCCACCGCCACCUCCACGUCCUCCUCCGCCAUGGCGGCCGCGGCGGCGGCGGCAUCCACGCCGCGGCACCACCGCUCGCCGCGCACGAUGGCGACCUCCUUCCCGGCGGUGUCAUCCUACUCCACCUCCUCCUCCACCACGGCGUCCUCCUCCGCGGCGUCCCUCGCCGCGCUCCGCGACUCUCUCCCGGAGCUGCCGCUCCUCUUGACCUUCCACGACCUGGCCGCCGCCACCGCCAACUUCUCCGCCGCGCACCGCCUCGUCCCCGCCGCGCCCUCCUCGUCCAACUCCUUCCGCUGCGCGCUCCGCGGCCACCCAGCCGCCGUCUUCCGCCGCCCGCUCCGCCGCGACGCGCGGGACGUGGCCGCGCGCCUCGCCGUGCUGGGCCACUGCCACCACGCCGCCAUCGCGCGCCUCCUCGGCGCCGCCGCGUCCCCCGACCGCACCACGCUGUUCCUCGCCUACGAGCUCGUCCCCGACGCGUCCCCGCUGUCCGUGCUGCUCCGGAACCCCAAGAACCCGUCCUUCACCCCGCUCGCGUCCUGGCACUCGCGCCUCCAGCUCGCCGCCGACGUCUGCGACGCGCUCUACUACGUCCACCUCCAGGCCGACACCAUCCACAACCGCCUCUCCGCGUCAUCCGUCCUCGUCUGCGGCGACGGGCCCCUCCCCCGCGCCAAGAUCACGCAUUUCGGCGCGGCCGACCUCGCCGGCGAGCUCCCGAUCGAGCACAAGGACGACGACGGAGAGUCCAAGGCCUCCUCUUCAUCCUCCUCGGGCGGCCACCGCCGCACCAGCAGCCGGGGGAGGCGGAUCGAGGGCACGCGCGGGUACAUGGCGCCGGAGCUCGUGGCGGGCGGGCCUCCGUCGCGGCGCUCCGACGUGUUCGCGCUCGGCGUCGUGCUGUUGGAGCUGGUGUCCGGGCAGGAGCCGGUGCGGUACGAGCUGGUGAACCGGGGCACGGGCGAGUACGAGAGGACGUCGCUGAUCGACACAGCGGCGGCCGCCGUCGCGGAGGGCGGCGGGGAGGGGAUGCGGCAGUGGGUGGACCGCAGGCUCAGGGACUCGUUCCCCAUCGACGCGGCGGAGUCGCUCACCACGCUGGCGCUGCGCUGCGUCGCCAAGGACCCCCUGGCGCGGCCGGACAUGGCGUGGGUGGCCGCACAGGUGUCCAAGAUCUUCCUGGAGGCGCAGGAGUGGGCCGCCAAGUUCAAUGUCCCCACCGACAUCUCCAUCUCCAUCGCCCCCAGGUGA